GUGUUGGGUUGACUAGGAACAAAACAAGUCAACCGACCAAAAUCCGGACCAGAUCUCCGUCUGUCUUUUUCCUUUGAAGCACCAGAUCUCCUUUUGUCUCCUCUCGCUGGUGAUUCGCUACAAAAUCCCCGCGCAAAAUUGACGGCAUGGAAACCCUAACCGUCGUAGACGCCGCCAACAUCGGCGCCUCAAUUCUCAUGCGCUUCACCGACUCCAACCGCGAACUCGACCUCGAAAUCCGCAAACUCAUCGUCGUCAUGUCCGGGGUAUUCCGAGACCACAAGGCACCUCCGACGCCGGUGGACUACUUGGGGGCCACGUGCACCUCUCUCGACAUCGCCACCGCCUCCAUGCCCCAAGCUUCCGGUCACGUGCUCGACGCCCACCUCACGGUUCUGUCCAUCGUCAUCCCAAAAGUCCCUGCUGCGUUUCUGAUCAAGAAUCUAUGGCCGCUGUUUAAUUCUAUAGCACGACCUCUCCGGUCUUCGUCUCUGUUUGACGAGAGUACCGGCUGCUUAGUAGUGAAAUGCAUAGCUGAAUUCAUCAUUGCCGUCGCAAAAGUCGUCAACAAUUGGUCAGAUGUUUCAGAACUGUACAGCUUCUUCCUCAACUUGGCUACCAUUAAAGCCCUCGAGGUGAGAACGCAAUUAUGUUUGUGUCUUCCUGAUGUACUGCAAAGAUUUCAAGGAACACCGCUGUUUGACCCUGCAAUCAAAAAGAUUACCGACUUGUUGAAUAAGUAUCCUCCACUAGGGAACCAUGAUGUAAAGGCUAGUGCAUCUGUUCUCUCCCAAAAAGAGAAGGCCUGGUUUACUUUGGAUGUUGUGAAAGUAUCUCUUUGCCUUAUGUCAACCGAGGACAGAACUGCCGUGCUCAUCUACUUUAAAUCUCUCUUGGAACUGAACCAAUUCCCUGUUACAGCACGGAUAGUUGAUUGUUUGUAUGGGCUUUGUCUCGACCCAUCUGCUGAUGUUUCUCCUGAACUGUUGCUAGAUUUAAUACGCUCAAUAUGUCUUUCUGUCACCCAACAUAAGAUGAUGUACAUCCCAGAAACUGCAGCUGGUUUGCUCAGUAUUGGAGUGGCGAAAGUCUAUUCCUUUAACCAGAAAAUCUGCAAAACUAAUCUCCCUAUUGUGUUUGAUGCACUCAAAGUUAUAUUGGGAGAGCCUAAAAUAGACGACCUUCCUGAUGCAGUGCAUGCAUUUAAGUGUCUAAUUCAUGCUUGUAUUGAUGAAAGCUUGAUCAAGGAGGGAGUUGACUGUGUGGUGAUGAAUGCAAGUAUGGAUGAUGGAAGCAAGUCUGAGCCAACUAUAAUUGAAAAUUUGUGUGCUACUAUUCAAAGCCUACUUGGUCAUUGCAAAACUACUAUCUGGGCCCUUGCUUUUGAAGUUGUUUCAACAAUGUUCGAUAAAUUAGGGGCAUACUCUUCUUAUUUGAUGAGGGGUACACUCAAGACCUUGGCAGACAUGCAGAAAUUGCCUGAUCAAGAAUUUUCUUUCAAGGAAGAGGUUAAGCUUCUUCUAAAAAUGCUUGUUGAGAAAUGUGGGUUUGAUGCUAUAAUGGCCGUCAUGCCUCAAGAACACAAGAAACUGCUUCUAGAGAUCAAUGAAAUGGGUUCUAAAUCUGUGGAAGUGAUAUCUCAUGCUUCGGAAGCAACUACAGUCAGGUAUCACCUUUCUCAGUCCGAAAGUAGUGACAAUCAAAUGCAUGAUAAAGCACUUGGACCAUGCAAGAAUUCAAAACGGAAAAUGGAUGGUGGAGGUAAUGAGUUUUGUGAUCGGCAUGCCAGGAGUAUUGCUAAGAGGGAAAUGACAAAAAGGAUGUCAGGUGCAGCUCUGAUGGCAAAGAAGCUAAAACUCUAGAGGCUGGAAGUUUAAUAAAGUUCAAAAACUUAUCUAAUUAGUUAGUAAACUUAUUAAUGAGAAUUGCGAUAUUUAAUUAGUUAAUUAAGGUCUUGUCAUAAUUGCUGAUAGGGAGAAAAGAGAAACAUACUUUUAACAUAAAUUGAUGUUUUGUUUCAAUA